AAAUCACUACACAGGGUUGCCACAUGCAAAGUUUUGUACCCAUUUAAUGUGGAAAUUGUAUAUUCUUGUUGGUAGAUUGUAGUAUUAUAUUGUUAUCAUAUCAAGCAAGAAUUAAUCACUCCUAAGAUCCCUAUAAAUAAAGAGCAAAUGCACUCUUACAUCACACAAGAGAGUCGUCCUUCACUGACACAUAUGGCAGAGAGCUCAGCUCCAUCCCAACAGUCUUAUCACAAGCCGGCAACCUCAGCCCCGAAACUAUUCGGUUUCCCACUAACUAAGCAUGAUGAAAUCCUAGCCAAAACAGAAAACAGUGUAGAAAGCAGGAAAUUCGAGUGCCAUUAUUGCCGGCGAGCCUUUGCCAACUCACAAGCGCUAGGAGGCCAUCAAAAUGCUCACAAGAGAGAGAGGCAACGAGCGAGGCGUUCCCAAUACCAUUGGGAUCGGCGUUUGCUGGCAGCUGCUCCAGCUCUGAGCUCACAUACUGUGAAAGCAUCAUCAGGAUCUUCCAUUUCUGGUGCAGGAUUUACUAGAAUCGGCGUUGCUGCUAAAUUUAGGCCACAAGAAGCAGCAGCAAGUUAUUGUCCGUCGUCGACAAGGCCCGGCCUGCUACUUCCAUCGUCUCCUUCUCAUCAGUUUUCCUCUCGAAUUUAUGUCGCGCAACCGUUGCGCCUCGGCGCUGCGAUGCCAUCAUUUGUUGAAUUUCCUGGUAAAUUGCUGUCUGAUGAGGAUGUAGGAAUUGACCUUUGUCUCAAACUUACUCCUUCCAUUUAGUAUAUAGUUGAAAACCCUUUUUUUUCCCGUUCUAAUUUCAUUUCGGAAACAGCCCUUUAAUUUUUAAUGCUUUUCAGUGAGUUUGAUUGUUAUGAAAUCAUUCAGCUCAAAAUUCCCCAACCACAUGCAUAUGCUAAAUUUACUUUGACAUCCAUUAACGCUUAAUUAAUGGAUAUGCUUCUUAUCUCAGUUGCUGAUUUUAUGAUCUGCUAAUGCUAAGCUGUUAGAAAAUAAUUAAUGAAACGUAUAUUGUAUAGUUCCCAUUGGAAUCAGAGAGAACUUCAAUUGAAGAAACCUCACAGUUUCACUUGCCAAUUAAUUUAUGAAUUAUUGAAUUGAACUAAAGUAAUUUCUUCCUAUUACUCAUCACUUUUUAAAUGGGCAUCCGAAUCAAAGGAAACACAACUGGCUCUAGCAAAAAAUAUCCCGCCAACACCAAGGCUGUCCACUGCCUUGCCUUGUAUAUUAUUUUUACCUUUAUAUAAAAGAUAAAAUAUUUCCAUCGAGUGUUGAGACCACAAAGGUUAAUUAAAAAAUAUAUAUAAAGCAUAACCUAAACCCCAAAAGCUCAUGCAGAAGUCCCACUCUCACGCACUCUCUGCCUGCUUUAUUUUGCUUUCCCUCAAUGCCUUUCAGCCGUUCCAAAACGUCACCCGAAGUGGCAUUAUAAACCCAAAAAUUUCUUUACACGUUUUUCUUCUCUCACUAUCUUCAUCCACUCUUGAUUCUUCAGAUGGACAGAUAUGGUCAUAGGUAUUAUGGUGGUGAUCGGAGGUUUGAGAUUGUAAGCGGGAAUAGUUUUGCCGCCGGUGGUAACCAGAUCUACUCGACUCGUCCUCACUCGCCCGAUCGGCCACCGGUUCCGCCUCGCACGACCAGGCAGAGUCGGACCACGUCAACGCCCUGGGGUUUUAGUGAUCCAGAGAUGAAGCGAAAGAAGAGGAUUGCCAAGUACAAGGUUUACGCAGUGGAAGGUAAGUUCAAGGCUUCCUUCAAGAACGGGUUGCGUUGGAUCAAGAACAAGUGCUUUGAGAUCAUCCAUGGAUACUAGGAGAAUUGAUUUCGGUUCUGAUGAUUACAUGUGGGAUGGGUCCCAUGACAAGUGGUACCCGUUGCGUAUGUGGCAGGAUCUUAGUUGCGGGGUAAUGGUAAGUUAAAGCUAGACUCGUUUGUUGAUUUGUGUGUGUUCAAAUGGCGAAACACUUGCGGCUGCGAGCAUUGGACAUUUGGAUUUUUUUUUUUUUUAAUCCGUCAAUAGAAUUUUUGAGUUGGAAAUUUGAGUUCAUGAAAUUAGACGUUGGAGAGUUUUGUUUGUACUGUUAAUUAAAGAUCAGUGCAGCAGCUCAUUGAUAAGCUGCUGUGCAUGGGCUUUCUUUUUCCCCUUUUCAAAGAACAGGAAAAACAAUUUGAUGAAAUGAAAUGGGUUUUAGAAUAUUCUUACAUAAUAUAAAAAAUAAAGGGGAUUAAUAUUUAAAUUU